GAAAAGUGCGUGUGUUGUUGGCCAACGUGCCUCUCUCUGUGUGAGUGCGUGUAGGUGUGUGUGUUUGUGUAGGUGUAGGUGGGUGCGUGUGUGCAGCUAGUGCAAAUUAGUGCAGAAAGAGAGGGGGCGCACACUAAGAAACGCUCACCCAGCGUGGGCAGGAAGAGAGAGAGAGCGAGAGAGAGCAACAUUAGAAACUGCAAUUAACUUUAAAGAGUGCUCCACAACAAAAGAACAACAACAAUGUCUUCGAAUAAUCAAUCGAGUGGCGUUGGCGGCGCCGCUGCCCAAGUGGCAACAAGUGCAAGCCAACGAGGCGGAUCCGCCAACAACUCCACGGAUGCGACAGACACGCAACACGGCGGCAACAACAGCAACAACAAUAACAACAAUAAUAAUGCCAAUGCCAAUGCCUCCUUCACGGGCAACACAACAACAACAACAACAACAAGUAGCAGCAGCAGCAACUCGAAUGCCGCUGCCGCUGCCUCUGCCGCUGCCGCUGCAAGCGUUGGACACGACAGUCCGACGCACAAGAGUCACGGCGGACAUGGCGGUCACGCCGCGAUCAACACCAAAGCUCGAGUCGUCGACAGUGUGCCAUUUCCACCCAGUCACAAGCUGACGAUAGCCGAGGUAUUUGAUCCGCGCACCGGCAAACCGAAUCACGAACUCUUGAAGCAGCACUUCAUCCUGGAGGGACGCAUCGAGGAGGCGCCCGCCAUGCGGAUCAUCCAAGAGGGCGCCGCCUUGUUGCGCCAUGAGAAGACAAUGAUCGAUAUUGAGGCGCCGGUCACAGUGUGCGGGGAUAUUCAUGGCCAAUUCUACGAUCUGAUGAAACUGUUUGAAGUGGGCGGAUCGCCGGCAACGACAAAAUAUCUGUUCCUUGGCGAUUAUGUGGACCGAGGCUAUUUCAGCAUUGAGUGCGUCCUGUAUUUGUGGUCGCUGAAAAUCACGUAUCCGCAGACGCUGUUCCUGCUGCGGGGCAACCACGAGUGCCGCCAUUUGACCGAGUACUUCACCUUCAAGCAGGAGUGCAAGAUCAAGUACUCGGAACGCGUCUAUGACGCGUGCAUGGAUGCGUUUGACUGCCUGCCGCUGGCGGCUUUAAUGAACCAGCAGUUCCUCUGCGUCCACGGUUUGUCGCCCGAGAUCCACGAGCUGGAGGACAUCAGGCGAUUGGAUCGGUAGGAGCCGCCCGCCUUCGGCCCCAUGUGCGACCUGCUGUGGUCCGAUCCGCUCGAGGACUUUGGCAACGAGAAGAACACGGACUUCUACACGCACAACUCGGUGCGCGGCUGUUCGUAUUUCUACAGCUACGCCGCCUGCUGCGAUUUCCUGCAGAACAACAAUCUGCUGUCGAUCAUCCGGGCGCACGAGGCGCAGGACGCCGGCUACCGCAUGUACCGCAAGAGCCAGACGACCGGUUUCCCCUCGCUGAUCACCAUCUUCUCGGCGCCCAACUAUCUCGACGUGUACAACAACAAGGCGGCUGUGCUCAAGUACGAGAACAACGUGAUGAACAUCCGUCAGUUCAAUUGCUCGCCGCAUCCCUACUGGCUUCCCAACUUCAUGGACGUGUUCACCUGGUCGCUGCCCUUUGUCGGCGAGAAGGUCACCGAGAUGCUCGUCAACGUGCUGAACAUCUGCUCCGAUGACGAGCUCAUGACCGAGGAGAGCGAGGAGCCGCUAUCGGAUGACGAGGCGGCCCUGCGCAAGGAAGUCAUACGCAACAAGAUCCGGGCCAUUGGCAAAAUGGCGCGCGUCUUCUCAGUGCUGCGCGAGGAGUCGGAGUCAGUGCUGCAGCUUAAGGGGCUGACGCCAACGGGCGCUUUACCCCUGGGCGCCUUAUCCGGCGGCAAGCAGUCCCUCAAGAAUGCCAUGCAGGGCUUCUCGCCCAAUCACAAGAUUACCUCGUUCGCGGAGGCCAAGGGACUCGAUGCGGUCAACGAACGGAUGCCGCCACGUCGCGAUCAGCCGCUGACGCCCAGCGAAGAUCAUCCGCACACGCAACCGCAUCAUAGUCAAGGCAACAAUGGAGCGGCGCAUGGAUAAGAAGCAAGUUCGAUGGCAACGGCAAGUGGCAGCAGUGACGACGACGGUCUCAGAUUGAUAACGGAAGACGGCGGCUUCUCUGGGCUUCUACGAACUCGAUCGGAUCGGAUACUAACACCUGUUGUUGUCCAAAUUGUGAUGAUGUGUAAUGUUGUGUGUUGUGAUGUGAUUGUUGGAUUGGAUUUGCUGGCUAUAGAUCCAACACUUCCUCUCUCACACACACACACACACACACACACACACAUACAUAGAGACCCACGGCGACACACUCGAGUACAUGCAUAUAAUCUAAAAAAUAUAAUAUCUACAUAUAAACAUUAUAAUGUUGCAAAGAUUUGUCGUUUAAGCUAAACAUCAUUCGUAGUAAUAUUGUAAAACUACACUAAAAAACAACAAAAGCUACAGAAGGAACAUACUUACAUAUAUUAUAAGCAUAAAGGUCAAAGGCAAAUUGAACAGUUGAAUUGAAUUGAACUUAUACUUAAAGCCUAAUUAUACCAAUUUUAAACUCAAAUGAUUUGUUUGUUAAGAUAAAGAUGUUGAUGUUCAAGAUGAAGUUGGAUAAUAUUGAAGAUAACAGCCCACACGAACAGAAGACGCAUGCAGGAUAUUAAAAUUGAUGCAUGCCACAGAUUCCUUUCCCGAAGUAAAAACUGAAACUAAUCUUAGGUCUGUAUGUAUAAAGAUUGAAAAACAAAAACAAAAAAACAAAAAAAAAAAAUACAAAACGAAACAAAAUAAAAACAAACAAAAAAUUUGCGCUAAUUUGUUAAAAACAUUUAGCAGCUCCAAAAAGAAGCG